AUGAUUGUUGGUAUAGUGUUAUAUAGUAUUUUUUUGAAUUUACUGUGCAUAUCAUGUCUAGAAUUGGAUCCUUACGACUUCGAAUCAAUAAAAAGUGCCACUGGCUCAAUAGCAAAAGGUGUACUAGAUUACUAUGAUGGAUAUAACUAUGGAAAACCUAUUGGUCUUUUUCAGCCACCUUAUUAUUGGUGGGAGUCAGGGGGAGUUUGGGGCUCGAUGCUAGACUAUUCAUUCUAUACUGAAGACAAACAAUAUGAUGAUUUGAUAAAACAAUCACUGCUGGCUCAAGUUGGAGAAAAAUGGGACUAUGUACCACUUAAUCAAUCGACAACAGAAGGUAAUGAUGAUCAAGCAUUUUGGGGACUUGCAGUAAUGUCUGCAGCUGAGAGAAACUUCACUAAUCCUGAGAAACAUGAACCGCAAUGGCUCUAUCUAGCACAAUCGGUAUUUAAUACAAUGUCUUAUAGAUGGGAUGAGCAAGAGUGUGGAGGAGGAUUAAGAUGGCAAAUAUUCCAAUGGAACUCUGGAUAUGACUACAAAAAUUCGGUAUCCAAUGGAUGUUUCUUUCAGCUUGCUGCUCGCCUUGCAAGAUAUACUGGGAAUAGUACAUAUGUUGAAUGGGCCGAACGUGUCUGGGAUUGGAUGAAUGUAACUAAUCUCAUAGAUGGUAACUCUAAUUAUCUUGUGGUAUUUGAUGGUACGUCUACAAAUGAUGACUGUUCAAAAGUGAUAGCAGUCCAGUGGACUUAUAAUGCUGGUUUAAUGUUAAGUGGUGCUGCUUUCCUUUAUAAUGUUACAGGAAAUCCACACUGGGAAGAAAGACUCUUUUUACUAUUACAGGGUAUAAGUGUCUACUUCAGGGAUGGGAUCAUGUAUGAAGCCGCCUGUCAAAGUUCCAUGAAUUGCAAUAAUGAUCAAAGAUCAUUCAAGGCUUUUUUCUCAAGGUUUUUAGGUUUAACUGCACAACUCGUACCUGGUACAAGAGAUAUAAUAGAUUGGUAUCUUUUGGAAUCGGCAAAAGCUGCAGCCCAAUCAUGUUCAGGUGGAACUGAUGGUGUAACAUGUGGCCUCAACUGGCAGCAAGGGGGAUGGGAUGGUAUGUAUGGUCUGGGGGAGCAGAUCACAGCUUUGGAGGUAAUACAAAAUUUGAGGUACAAGGACAAACCACCACCAUUUACAGCACAAGAUGGUGGCUCUUCAGAAGGAAGUGAUAUGGCAGGGUAUCAUUUUGAGGAAGAGGAACAAUCCCACUUAAAUAUAACACCAGGUAGCAAAGCUGGUGCAUCAUUCAUUACAAUAGUAAUUGGAGGAUCAAUCAUAUCAGCAUUAAUAUGGUUAAUAUUAUGA